AGGGCGAGCGCCAUCUUGUUUUUGUCACUUCCCGUUCCCCCAAAAUCGGGGAAAGAAUUUUGCGAUCGUGCGAAGAAACGGGGAUUAAUAGGGAAACGGGCGACACGGGAGACUUCACCUAAAGACAGUCUGUUCCCGUUUCUGUCAUUGCAGUUGAAGACAUGACAUAGCACGGCCAGGUCAACCUUCCCACAAUGCCCCUGAUCAAGCGGAAUGUGGAUCCCGUGCACCUCUGCAGGGGGUCCCUACCUCAGGGCAUCAGUAAUGAACUAGAGUGUGUCACCAACAACGCACUGUCCGGAAUCAUCCGUCAGCUGAGUAACCUGAGUAAGCAUGCGGAGGACAUGUUCGGGGAGUUGUUUAAGGAGGCCUCGGCCUUCCAGCAUCGCUGUGCGACCUUACAGCAGCGUAUCGACAAGCUGAGGGUCAAGGUCACACAACUGGACUCUACAGUAGAAGAAGUGUCUCUACAAGACAUCAAUAUGAGGAAGGCCUUUAAGACCUCCAUCGUCCCAGACCAGCAGGUCACGUCACGGCAAACCAUGCCGUCCGCCAUGCAGGAUACGUACAACCAGUGUGACAAGCCUCCUCCACUCAACAUACUCACACCUUACAGGGAUGAUGGUAAAGAGGGGCUGAAGUUCUACACAGACCCCAACUUCUUCUUCGAGCUGUGGUGCAUGGAGAUGCAGAAGGAUGUGCAGGCCAUCAAAGACGCACGGCGCAGGAAGCAGAAGCGAGAUCGCGGGCCGCAGCGUACGAAGGACCGGAUCCGUAGCCCGGGUAACAGACUGAAGGAGAUCCAGAAGCAGGCGAAGGGGAAGGAGUUUGCGGAAACGGCGGAGACGCCGGUGGUGAGGACAGCUGGGAACUACGACCAGAUCCAGAACUACAGACAGUCGGGUGCUCAACAGCAAUAUCAGCAGCAGGCCAGGCCUAACCAGGGCUCCCCACCGCCGCCCUACACAGAACAUGAGGACCCGUACGCCUCCCGUAACCGAUACCCCUCCGGCCACGCCCCCAGUAUCAACCGCACCCCCUCCCAGCGCCCUGUACAGGCCCCCCCUCCCCCUCCCCAACAGAACGGCAUGCCACCGCCCGGGUCCCACCUUCCACCCCCUCCCCCACCCCCCGACUCAGCCGCUUACCCCCCCGGGACCGCCACUCCCUCGUCUGCGUCGAGUGAAGCCGGCGCGAGCCCGGCCGGAGCGGCUGCAGGGAAACCGACACAGAAACCAGCCCCGCACCCAGUAGAUGACGCCCGCAGUGACCUGUUAGCAGCCAUCCGGCAGGGGAUCCAACUCAAGAAGGCCGAGAAGAAAGAGCGAGAGGAGAAGGAUCGUCAGACGACCGCCAUGCCGCACGAUGUGGCCUCCAUCUUGGCUCGCCGCAUGGCCGUGCAGUACAGUGAUUCUGAGUCAGAGGGAGGCUCGAGCUACGGGGACGAUGGUGCUUGGGAGGACGAUUAAGGCUUGGACUGACAAGUUACAGGGCUAGGAAAAAAAAUGUUGUGCUUCCUGUUUCCCGACCGACCCUUGAAAACCGUUGCAAGGGACAUAAGUCAUUAAAUUUUUCGAGCUCUAUGAUCUGACACCUGGGUGAUAAAAUGUUGUACAAUUGGUUUCUUUCUAACAUUGACAUUGAAAAUAAAAGUGUCCUGAGGUCUAAAACAAGAAAAAAGAUAAUCCCUACCUACUGACCCUAAUAUUUUCAGGACUGAAACAGGAAACACAGCAUUUUUUUUCCUUGGCCUAAAGGCUUGGACUGACAAGUUUCAGUUCUGAGAUUUCUAGUGAACAUAUUUGUAUGGGCUUCCCUUGCAUGUUAAUUAAGCCCAAAGCUUAAACCAAUGGCUUUCAGUGUAGAAGAAAUUCAUAUAAGCACAUUGUACCUUAAUGACAUCAUAUAACACUGUUCAGAAGCAAUGAGGUGCCACAUUGGAGUGUAAAUUAAUAAACAUACACUGACCA